GCUGGACAGCCUGACUGUACUCCCUAGCAGCCUAGCAGCCUAGGUACGAAUGGAGCCAACCAGCUUUUACCUUUCAAACGUCAUCAAUCCUUGAUUCAAAGCUCCUGUGGGACUACUGUACGAUUGCAUGUAGGCUUGCAGCUCUACUAUGCGCAUCCUCAAUUUGGAAAUCUAUUUCGUGACGGCCUGUUCCCCCUUAUCGAGCGACUGUUAUUAUCGUUGAGUUGCUCCAUUUGGAGCUUCGGUCCGCAAUGUCAUCAGCGCCGACUAUCAAGGACCUUACGAAAGCCGUGAAUAAUUUUGUACCGAUAGCGAAGUUUCCGUUGCCUGACGACCUUGUCGAGAUCAUCGACGCAUAUCUUUGCAAACAUGAGAAGUUCGACGAGAGUGCUGCCGACAAAUUAAACGACGAGUUACUUUCUUUAUUUCAUAAAGAUGUAUCCCAUGUCCCGUCUCGCUAUACGGCUUUCGUUGCGCUUCUUCGCCGUUUGCGCCCUAUAGUUGGACAACCAGACAAGAUAUUCCAGUGGUUUGACUUGUUAUUACUAGUACUCAACUACCUAAAUCAGGAGAAAGAUCUUGCUGCCGAGGUAGAAGGUACAAUUCUGGAUAUUCUUACGGCGGACGAUGGCCAUGAUUCCAGCUCCCCGACUGGAGGUGCAGCCCCUCAACUUGCAGAGCGCAUCCUGCUGCUAUGGCUCGAUGAGUACGAGACUAUAGGGAAAAGUCCCGAUGCAAUAUCAGAAUUUAAAGAGAAACAAAUGCAAAGGACAUUGUUACAUUACGGGAAGAGACGUCCAAAAGAUCUUUUGACUGUUCUCGACCAAUAUGUGGCCAAGAAAACAUAUCGUGCCCGUGCUUUAUCAUUCCUGGCCUUUUUCGUACAAAGUCAACCACCACAUCUACAUCUUAUAUUGCAGACACCAUUGUUUAAUAACUUAAUCAACUGUCUCCAAAUAGACACAUCGACGACUAUCGUGUCUCUCGCCUUGACCGCUCUGACAAUGAUUCUUCCGCAUAUGCCAAGCUCUCUCGUCCCUCACCUCCCCACGCUGUUUAACAUAUAUGCGCGGCUUCUCUUCUGGGAGCGAGAGCUAUCUUCUCAAGUGGCGACUGAGAUAGAUCAGGAGCGAAGGCUCUCUCCUAAUACUCUAGCCUGGGAAAAACUCGCCUAUUCUCCCGAUUUUGAUGACACGGCUAUCCCGCAACUCCUUCACUAUUUCACUAUUCUGUAUGGCCUGUAUCCGAUCAAUUUCAUGGACUACAUUCGUAAGCCGCAAAGAUAUCUUCGGCACGCCGAGGUGCCCGAUGCCGACGACAUUGAAGUCCAGCCCACUGAAAUCCGCGAUGCAUCGGAGCGUUUCCGGCAAUGCCAUCUCCUUCACGAGAAUUUCUAUACUCUUACUAUCGAUUCAGAGAAGGAUAAUUUCGGGAGAUGGAUCAAAAGUGAACCAUCCGAAGUCGUAGCCGACUGCGUAGCUCUCUGUCAGGCCGGCGAGGCGUUGCCUAACCAGGGUAUCGUAGACGCUAUUAAUAUAGGGGCGUCCGAAAAGGAUGAACCCGAAAAAGACGGCCACGAUUCCGCGCUGCUCAGUGGUUCUUAUCCGUUCGGCGUGUCUUUCAGUCCCUUCCCAGGGGACAACAGACGAAACACGGGAUCGACGUUCGCUGAAUCUAUCACAAGUAGCCGAAAGCAGUCCGUCAUAGUUCGUCAGUCAUCCAUAGGCAGUUAUCACUCUAACCGGGACGUAUCGAGUCCAAGGCCGUCUGGACUCGGUAACGAGAGCCCGACUCUUUCUCGUCAACUAGUUCAGUCUGGAUCACAGACACAGCUUCAAGAUUUGAUUAACUCUAAUAAGGUCAUCAAAUCAGGCUUGCAUCAAUCGAUGGCGAAUGACAGUGUGCCAUCUCUUGCCUUAAGCCACCAUGAUUCCAUCUCAGACCGCCAGGGAUCGCAGCUUCAACCAAGUUCUCAAUUAGGCAAUACUUCAUCCCCGACAGAUAGUAUUAGCGCUCAGAUUGCCCACCUCCAGCGCCAAAUCUUGCUUUUGUAUAAUGAUCUCACGUUUGAACGAUUCAUGAAGCAGCAGCACCUUACUCAUAUGGGUGCGCUGCGAAGGCGACACGUGCGAGAGGCAGCAAGUGAGGCAGAAACCCAGAACUUGAUUAUACAGAAUCGCCAGCUUAAGCAAAGGCUAAAAGAUGCAAAAGAUUCGGAAACCCAAGCUAAAAAGGAGUCUGAGAAGAGUCGUACAUUAUCGAAGAAGUGGGAGGCAGACCUAACAACUAAAUUAAGGGGACUUCGCGAAGAACAAAAGAAAUGGAAUGCUGAAGGAGACACAUUGCGAACUGAACUAGAUGCAGCAAAGGGUGAAUCGGAACGAUUGCGGUUGUUGGUUUGCGAAGCCGAGGUUAGGGAACUGGAUUUAAAGCAAAAUAUGCAGUCCGUCGAGAUCAAUGUUGGUGAGCUAGUAAGGCUAAGAGAAGAGGUUCAGCGACUAGCAGAAUGCGAACGAAAUUAUCACGCCAAAGAGACGGAACGCCAAAACAUGGCAACACAUGCGGCGGAGGCGGAAGGUCGAGCUGAGAUGCUAGAGAUGAAGCUUAAAGCACACGACUCCGAUAUCCAGAAAACACAUGAAAUGUAUAAAUCACAGAUCGCGGAACUGAAUGCAAGGCUGCAAGGUGCGCUCAAAACUGGCACGGGGCACAGGUCUGAAGCUCUCAAGACACAGCUAGAGAAUACCCUAGCAGCAAACCGAGAGCAGCAAACGGAACUGAAGAACCGCAUCGCAGAAGUUACGAGGAAAAAUUCGAUAUUGCAAGCUACCAUACUGGAAUUGCAAUCUACAAUAUCCAGCCUAUCGAAGCCAGAUCCUCAUCCGUCGGCAGAUACCGAGGUCGACUUUUCGUCCGACUCAGGUAGCCCUUUGGGUUAUCGCAACCGCCAGCAUCGUGGGUUUUCCGAACCGGAUAUGUUUGAGGCGACAUCGUACAACCCCACCCCGCCACUUGAGCCUUACAGCAGUGUUGGAUCGGCAGGUAGCCAGGGACGACGGCCUUCUACGCCGUUGCAGAAUGAUCCGCUUUCCGCAGGCAAAGGCAGCCCGACGACAGAGCGAUAUUUCGGACGAGGUGGCGUACAAAACCUCCGCAAGGAAAAAGAAAAGAAGAAGGAAGAAAAGGAGAAAAAGAAAUCAACUGGACUACGCGGUAUUAGAGGUUUCGUCUAGCCCGGCGUCAAUAUUUCUGAGAUGUCGUAAUGAAGCAGUCCUGUCAAGUUUAUGUUUACCAGAGGUCUAGGCAAAGAGCCUAGAGUGUCUACAUCGACGAAGAAAGCAUAGCUAAUGGAUAUCCUGCGGCGUGAGCAUUUCAUAAUUUGAUACCCUAACACCCAGUAGCAAACAUGAAUCGCACGAAAUGAACCAA